CUUCACAUUCCCUCCCUCAUUUCAAUAAUAGCUCGUCUUUUCUUUUUUCUUUUUUCUUUUUUUUUCUUCUUUGCUUUUACUUCUUACUGCUCAUUGUUCUUUACUCCGCUAACAUCCUGUUGUGGCCAAAUAGACUUUUUUAUCCCACCUUCAGCUCACUCACUCACACUCAGGAACAUUCGCUGCAUCCCUUUCUUUCUCUCUCCUCUCUCUCCUCUUUCCUCUCUCUUUCCUUUCCCCACACACCUGACUCAUUGCCUUUUUCGUUCCCUCUCUUUUAAAGAAAUAUUUUCACAUUGACCCUCGGGUGUACUGAUUGACCAUCCUUAUCGCUUCUUCUUCAUCUUCGGUACCCCUUCCCCGUCCGGACAAUUUGUCUCCCUCUCUUCUCCUUGAUACGAGGUCGCCUUUUCUUCUUCUUCUUUUCUUUUUAGUAUGACAAAGAUCAAACCAAGGCUCAUAGCGCGUAUUUCCUGUCAAGAAUGCAGACGAAGAAAGACCCGUUGCAACUUUGAUGGUCAGAGUCAAAAGUGUUCAACAUGCCAAAGAAUUGGCACUGCAUGUAUCUUCUCUCAAAAGAACGGUGUCAUUCUAGAUAUCAAAAAAGUCAUGGAGGAAAACAACCCACAUCUAGUACACCAGCGUGAGAAGGAGCAGCGUGCAAAAGAAAAGGCUCGGCUGUCAUCCACACCCACACCCACAAUCCCUGCUUCUAGCUCCUUAGCAGCACCAAAUCCAUUGCCUCUGGCUCCCGCCUCAAAAGCGAAUUCAGACACCUCGAUAUAUUCACAAUUCACCCUGCCGUCCUCUUUCUCCUCAACCACCGGUGGUGGGAAUGUGCCGUUUGUGAAGAAAUCAAAUAAAAGCUAUAGCAUCUCUGCCUCUGCAUUUUAUCUCAACGACCGGUCAUCGUCAACAGAAGACCUAUCUAAUGUCCUUGAUCGACUUCAGAUCGAUGCCUUUGGAAUCGCACCGCAUACCCUCCGUAGCUUCAGCCAGGUUGCUGGCGACAAUGAUUCUACAGAAACUUCUUCAGUUGAAGUUUCGGAUUCAGAGAACACAGCAAAACCCACCGAUCUUAACCAAAGUGGAGAGGCGAACGACAAUAGCUUCAAUUCAACUAAACACGAUGUCUCUGACAACAAUUCGUUUUACAAGUCCGGUUACGGCUAUGACAGGCCCAGUCCCAGCCGUGGGCAUAAGCCAUCAAGGAGCCGAUCCAUUCCUUUGAUCGACAUCGAACAUGAUUUGAUUGAUCUAUACUUCAAGCAUGUUCAUCCGUUCUUGCUUGUCCUACACAAACCUUCUUUUCUGCGUCGUCUGCAUGAUCCAAAGGACCCUGUCCCAGAUUUUUUGUUGGCUUCAAUGUACGCUGUGGCAUCACACUAUGCACCGGGACGGGAACAGGAUGGUAGACGUUACUUUCAGCUGUGGCUCAGCCGACUGGAUGAUGCUCUGGACAAGCCUCGACUCUCAACUAUUCAGUCGCUAUUAAUGAUUAUAAAGUAUCAGGAGGGUGUCAAGAGAACAGGAUUCUAUUUCCGCACAUACAUGUACACUCAAAUGGUGAUUGUAUUAGCCAGGGAAUUACAAUUGCACAAGACAACGCCUGUGAACGCAAAAUUAGACCCAGAGAACCAUGAAGUUAGGAGGCGACUCUUUUGGGCUAUCUUUGUACUUGAUCAAUUCCUUUCUGUCUCACAGGGCAGGACUAUGAGUUUCAGGGAAGUUGAGCCAGAGGCGGACCUGCCUAGGACCGAUAACGAGGACCCAAAUGACCCUGAAGAAAUCGAAACCAUUGAAAACGCAGUCGAAUACAUUAAGCUCGUUAAGAUUGACCAUCAAGCACUUAUCCUGGCCAGGAAAUUCCUCACAAAGGUCGUCACGCCUGAAGAAACUAUCCCUCAAGGUCUUUUCCUCCAUCAAGCGAUGUUGGCAUGGAAGAUCAACUUGCCCCCAAGACUCCAGUUAGCGCCCAACAUGUCACCGCAUACGCCUUUUGUCGCAAUGUUGCAUAUCUUGUAUCAUGCAUGCGCCAUCAUGGUCCAGCGCUGUUACUGUGAGGACGCCAGUGUCAGUCAUUUGGAGAUUGCAGCGGCUUCACGAGAGACAUGUACAGUAUCAGCAACCAGCAUCACAGUGAUUAUCGACGACCUUUACACAAAUCAUGGAAUGGUACCACUCACGUAUCCAUUACGAGGAUGUUAUUUCAUUAUUUACUGCUUGAUUGCUGCUGCUACAAUACAGGUGAAUGAUAUUCGCCAGGGAGUGAACGGACCCAUCAUGUUCAAGCGCUCAUUAGCGCUGCUCAAUCAUUUGUUGAGAGAAUCAACUGCAGUAGAUAUCGGACGAGAGGUGGAGCUGUUGAAGAACUCAAUGGAUACGAGCGUGGAGGACAAAAGGUCACCAAGUACGACAGUAGCAACAAUGCCCCACGACAACCGGCCUUCACUGAAACCAAUCUUACCUAUGUCGCAAAAGUACGGACCCAAACUGAACUUUGGUGGCUCAGCUAUGUCUCCGAUCCGUCCACGUAAAAUUUCACCCAAGGCCUCCACAUCACCAGCAAGCCCAGGCAUUGCUGGUGAUAACUCGAAGGAACGUCAGCAAUUAGAUUCGAAUCAUAAUGAUUCCGCCUCCCAAACUAUGACUAAUAACAAAAAUAAUGAUCGCGUUGAGAACACAAAGGAUUCAGAGCACAGGCGGGCUAAUUCAACCUCAAGAUCCUCACAAAGCCCCAGCAGUCAGGUAUUGGAUGAUGAUUUGGACAUUACAAUUAAAUCUUCGCCAUCCCCAGUUAUGUCGUCUCGAUCAAUCUCUUCAUUCAACAGCAAUGAUACACCAACGGGAAGUUCGGAGCCGUUCUUACGUUCUGUGCCUACGUUUACGGCUCCUGCCUCGCUUCCAUCGGACUUCAAUGCAUUCGUACAGGCACAGCUGCGGAACCUUGCUGCUAACAGCAAUCAGAGCCAGCCACCACCGCCUAUGUCUCUUUCCCAAUUCUUUGCAUUCCAGCAAGAUCAACAACGACUGCAACUUCACAAACUAUGGGUGCAACAACAGAUACAGCAGGCACAGCAGAUACAGCAGCAAUCAAACACCUCGACACUAGCAACCUCAUCUCAGGACUUUAUAGCUACGCAAGCACAGGAUCAACGACCGAUUCAGCAGCUGCAGCAACUCCAUCAGCAACAGUCAUUAUCUCCGAGUGAUCCAAUGAUGUUCAAUACAUUCUUGACUAAUUUUUCGGCGCUGAAUAAUUAUCAGCAGCUAAACUCGGACCAAGCACAAAAUGAACUUUUAUCCAUGCUGGUUUCAUCCAAUCUCAAUUAUACGGGCAUUAACGCCGGUAAUGAUAGUAAUAGCAAUCUCAGUAACAGUACACUUGAUCUGAGCGCAUAUUUACAACAACAGCAACAACAACAACAGCAGCAGCAGCAACAGCAAGACCAGCAACAAGAUCCAUUAUCUUCAUCCCUAUCGCCAUCAAGUACAACCAUGUCCUCAAUAUUUAGCCCAGACAUGCAACAGGAGUCAAUGAAUAGUUUUUUGUUCUCAUCAAAUAAUGAUACCAAUACCACCUCUGUCAGUACAAAUUCAAUAGCGCAGCAAUCCCAGGGUAGUGAAACUUGGGAUGAAUCCAAAAUGGCUGAUGCAGCGCUUGCAAGGAAUCAUCUAUUGGAUACACCCUCACCCGAGUCUUUUCCUGUGCUAGAUAUGGCCAGUUCAUUUCCAUCGUAUCUAAGUAUGGAUAGUGCGGUGCCUUUUGGAGUACGACAGGCGAUUGGGGAUGCAGAAAAAAUCUUUAAAUUCCAAGCGCAAUCAGGCUUGCCUGUUGACUAAGGAGCAAAAUAACUUUUGCUUUUAUUUAUAUCAUGUAUACUAUUCUUAUUCCUAUAAUAAAUAUCCU